AUAAUAUUUAGUUCUCUGGCAGACUCAGUGAGGACCGGAGCUGUAUUUUUUUUUUUCCUGAUGUGAUGUUGGUACGCCCUGCCGCGCAGUAAUACUCUCUAGUUCUCUUCUGAAGAGAUGAAAGUGACAUUGAAGGAGACCUAGAGGAGGUAUCUACAUUACUUUCCUCCACUGCAUGGCUGAAAAUUUAAGAAAAUAAAGUGAUUGUAUUCCAGAUAUAACUAUGGAGAUGCCCUACGGAAGCAUGUUGAGCCCCUGUACAAUGUAAAGACUUCUGCUACACUCUACUGUUGUCUCACUCUCCAAACUGAUCCCACAUUAACUAGUGGUUAGGUGUGCAGGAUGGAGGACGCGAUCACAUGUGUUGUGUGCUCGGAGGUGUACCAGGCGGGGCCACGAGAGCCUCUAGUGCUCCCCUGUGGUCACACCUUCUGCCGUACCUGCCUACUUAACCUACAAACCUCUGGAGACUUCCUCUGCCCCUCAUGUAGGCGAGACCUCAACCAUCUACAAGUGGACUCUCUACCACUCUGCUUCUCCCUUCUCGGUCUCUCGUCCAUGUACACGGGAAUUAAGCACGAAUUGUGUAGGGAUCACGGGGGAGAACUGACCUAUUGGUGCCGGGGCUGCGCUCUACCUCUCUGCGGCCUGUGUCUCUACUCUGGUCACCCCCGAGGCCACGACGUCCAGCUAGCCAAAGUUUGCCUCCAGGAGAAGAAACGAGCUCUUCAGGGCCAGAUUCAGGCCUACCAUCAAAAUCUAAACGAAAAUAAAAAAGAUAUUAUGAAAAAGGUGAGCAGCUGCUUCGUGAAAAUCAAGAGACUGUGUCACAGAGGUAAUCGGCUUCACGAGGUUGGAAGGGAAGUGGAAGAUCUCUCACGUGAAGUUCAAAAUGUGGACACUAUAGAGAAUAUUUUAGUAGCGGAAGUCAAGGUUAGAAGCCUUCAGGACAAGCAGUUGUAUCUACUGUCUAGUGGAUGCAGUGAAACUGAGAUAGAUGAUAUCACAGACGAUGAAUGGUGGCCCCCAGAAGACAUGGCAGCGCAGAAGACACUAGAGGCGGCAGCCAUGGCCCAACAGCAGACGCAGUCAAACAGCAAUGUGUCUGGUGACAAGCGGCAAACAAGACUAGACUGCCAGGACGGCAAACUGGUGCUUCACGCCUUCAGUAAAUCUAUUGACACUCGCCUCUCCCUGCAGGUGCCGUCGGAGGUGUUCCUUGAGCUGAACGUUGGUGGUCGUUGUUUGGGUCGUGUUUACAUCCGGCUGAUGUCUCACCUGCGUCGGGCACAGCAGUUCCUGUUACUCUGCCUCGGCUCUCUGGGACCCUCCUACAUUGGUGCCACCUUCUUCAUCACCGCCCAUAACCAGGAGAGGGAGACCCUCGACGUUCGCAGAUACGUUCUUCCCGACGGGAGCACCAGCAACAAGAUAUUAAUGUCAGACCUGGAGUGGGGCGGAAGGUUUGCAGGGCCGGCGAAGGAGAGAGUGGUCAUGGGGUCGUUUUAUGGUAAUGAUACGCAUGGUUUCGGCAUCUGUACUCGAGGUCAGCCUGGCGGAGUCUUUCAGUGUCCCUUCGGCGAGGUGAUGUCUGGGAUGGAGGUAGUUAAAGCAGCUGUCCGUCACGACCCAAUCAGCGAGGUCGUUAUUACAGACUGUGGCAUGGUUGUGCCUGACCUGGCAUCCUAACGACCUCUUUAUAUGGGUCAGCUGUGCCAGGGAUUUACUGGGUAGUGACCUCGCUUAAUCAAACAUGCAGUCACAGUGGUAGAGAUUCACCGCUGGCUUUAUCACUGCAUACAUUAGUAAUCAUCAUCCGUCCUCUCUCUCUCACCCUACACCCCUAGUGUUCUCUUUCAUCUCCUCUACCCACUCUUCUUUUUUUUUUUCCCCAUCACCUACCCUUUCUCUCUUCUACCUUUCCUGUUUUAUUCUCCCCUGGGUUUCCUCCCUCUUCCUUUCUGCUUCUGUCUAAUGCUCCCAUGUCUCUUGACACUCUCCUACCUACUAUUCCUUCCUCCUUUUUUCUUCUAUUUAUUCUUCCUUCAUCACUUCGUCAAUCGUGCUUUUCCUCUCUCGUUUCCUAUCCCUCGCAUCAUUCGUACCUUAUUCAGUCUUUUUCCUAAUUUUCUUCUCGCCUUCCACCCUCUUCUCUCCCUCCCAUUUUUCUCACUGCCAUUAAAACAUUCUUGAUUUCAAGGUAUAACAUGAUAAAUAUAUGUUCUGUCAGUUUUCUAUGUUACAUUUACUUAAACUUAAGGUUCUUAUUGUAUUUUUAUCAUGCAUAUAAAAGUGCAUACAUAAAGGUGUAUAAGAGUAAUUCUUGCAUUACUGAUGAAUAGGACAGUUGUAACACUUUGGUGUCGUUCUUGCUGGAAGAUAAGUGUUAUAAAUGUGGUGUUCAUCAAGUCUGUGUACCUAUACCUCAGUGGUGUACACGAGUCAUGUGCACCACGAGGCUGUGUGCAGAUCCUACAAGGAUGUACACGAGGUAUUAUAUAUACCAUUUGACUUUACAAGGAAAGCGAUAUACACAAACAGGUAGUGUACAACUUUCCUUGUACAUAAACUCAAUAAAUUUUAGACUUGA